AUGGCUUUGGAGUGGGUGGUCCUCGGCUACGCCGCCGGCGCGGAAGCCAUCAUGCUCCUCUUUCUGACCUUGCCGGGCCUCGACCCUAUCCGGAAAGGCCUCAUAACCGUGACCCGGAGCCUCCUCAAACCCUUCCUCUCCGUGGUCCCCUUCUGCCUCUUCCUUCUCAUGGACAUCUACUGGAAGUACGAGACCCGACCCAGCUGCGAAUCCGACUCCUGCUCCCCCUCCGAGCACCUCCGCCACCAGAAGUCCAUCAUGAAGUCGCAGCGCAACGCGCUCCUCAUCGCCUCCGCCCUCGUCUUCUACUGGCUCCUCUACUCCGUCACCGGCCUCGUCGUCAGGAUCGAGCAGCUCAACAAGCGGAUCGAGAAGCUCAAGGAGCAGUAA